UUGGCUUUAUGCCAAAAACAUAUACUUUAUGAAAAACAACCAUUUCCUGACAACUAUGCUGGUGGCGCCGAAUUCCUGAAAGAGUUGAAGACAAAUAUGGCUGUUGUUAAAUAUACUUGGCUAGAAGCUGCAUGCGGAGCCAGUCGAGUGAUUCUACAUGAGAAUGCUAUUGUUGCUUAUAUGGUAACUUUUGAAAAUCUGAUGGAUUUACCGUCCAACUCAUGUUACGCUCUGCUUGCUGUGUUCUCUGUUGUAGCAGUCCUUCUUUAUGUUAUUCAUAUACUUAUUAGCGGAUUCGCGAUUUCGAGAAUCUGCGAUCAUUUUUAUAGUCUUAUAACUUUGCUACUUUUUGGCUAUGCACUUACGCCCGUCAUCAGCACCCUCACUACAACUAUUAGCACAGAUACAAUUUAUGCAAUGUCUAUAUCCCUUUUCAUGUUCAGCUUUAUUUUUCACGAUUAUGGUUUGGAUGCCGCAAUAGUUUCAGAAGCCUUUUCUGUAAACCUCUCCCUUGCCGCUUCAGUAUGUUUAGUUUCCCGUAUCGAGUCAUGCGAAAUAGCAUUUUGUUUACUAGCCUUUUCAAUGGCACUUUUCUCCUACUGGCCAAAACUGCGUAAUCGACUUUGCCAACGCUAUGAUUUGGUAUCUUUGCUUAUGGUUUCAAUGAUUUUCCCAGUAACUCUGUUUUACCUCUACAGAACAUCUCCACCGCUAUCUGCUGUCCAUUUAUUCCUGAACUUUUUUAUCGUACUUGUUGCUCCAUGGAUACUGGUAAAAAUGCAACCGUUGAAAAGGUAA